AUGGAAGACUCACAGGCCGUGUUCGACAGAACUUCGAGGCUCAACGUGGUUUGCUGGAACGCGUUGAUCCUCGGGUAUGCUGAAAACGGAGAUGACACAAUGGCUCUCGGCUGGUUUGAGCAAUUCGUGCAAUGCUGUGGCGGCGUAGCGGACUCUUGGACGUUCGUUGGUGUGAUCAGAGCCUGUUCUUCACUCGCGUCCAGGGAAAGCGUCGAGUCAAGGACCGGCACGAAGAUCGUCUCUCUGGAGAAAGGCAUGGCCGUUCACUCCCGCGCUCGAAGUCUCGGCUGCCAGUCCAGUAUCUAUGUUGCCAGCAGCCUCAUCGACAUGUACGCAAAGUGUGGAAGCAUGGUGGACGCCCGCAGGGUCUUUGACAAAGCUCCAAGCGCUACUCGCGACGUUGUUCUGUGGACGACACUGGUUCUGGGAUACGCCGAGAAUGGUGACGGCGAAGCAGCUCUAGAGAUCUUCCAGCUCAUGAAGUCGGAGGGGUGUCACCUGGAUGUCCGAGUUUUCGCUGCCGCAUUGAAGGCCUGUGCGGUCUGCUCGGACUUGCGAUCCGGAGAAGCCGUCUACGAGGAAACUUGCCGGCACGGGAUCGGGCAAGACCCUGUGGUGGUGAGCUGCUUGGUCGAUCUAUACGGGAAAUGUGGCAGCGUGGCCGGGGCACAGCGAACUUUCGACUGCUCGGGUCCAUGCGGGACAGCGACUUGGAACGCUUUGAUCGCGGCCUAUGCUCAGCAGGGAGACAGCGGCAAAGUUUUCGAGACGUUCUCGAAGAUGCUGGACGAAGCAGCCGCGAGAGAACAAGGAGAGAGCAAUGGUGCUGGUCUGUAUCUCAAGCCCGACUCGCUCACUCUGGUAUCGGUUCUCACGGCUUGCAGCCAUGCCGGGCUCGCUGACAAGGGGAAGCACAUCUUGGAGGCGAUGCCUGGGAAGUUUGGGAUCCAACCGAGCAUCGAGCACUACCACUGCUUGGUCGAUCUUCUGGGGCGAGCCAACCGGGUGGAGGAAGCGCUGGCUAUGGUGGAAGCGAUGCCUUUUGAGGCGAGUGCAGUGACAUGGACGACUGUGUUGGGGUCGUGCAAGAGCGUGGAAGAUAUCGAGGUGGCAAAGGUUGCUUUUGACUCUUUGGUUUCGUUAAACGACAGGAAGAGCUCCGCUUAUGUGUUGAUGGCCGAAGCGCUCAACAAGUAA